AUGUCUUUGACCUCACGCAUCACUAAAGUCACUCAAAACUUUGAUAUUUUCUCUGACGUGCCCUGGCAGCAUGGAUUUCCGGAGGGGUCGAACGUCAACGCGAUCGGCGAGACUGGCCUUCCUACCACGAGGCAAUUCCUAUCUUUUCAUUUGAGACGAGCAAUCCUCAGUUUUGCCCAUGCACUUGUGAAACGAUAUGCCGACGAUAACCGCAUUGGACAUGGUAAACUGUUUUCUCGGGUGAUCAGUAGGCUCCUAGAUGCCGUUGAGGCUAUAUCCGACGGUACCACGAAAGUAGUUUCCUUAGAGGACUUUUCUAAAAUGGAGUUGUCCAUGGUACCACGUCAUAUAGCCGUGAGCCUUCAAUUGGCUUCAGAUGAUAUCCCACCUGCAAAGGGUGAGCCAGCAGACCCUGUAGAACGCCUGCUUGAACAAGCUGCAGAUUUGGUUAGUUGGGUGGCCCUCACUCCACAUGUUGACCGGCUAACUAUUUACGAGCAAACUGAUGCGCUUCAUAAAAUUAAUCGAGACAAGCUCGAGUCCACUAUCAGAGACCGAGCUAAAGCAAGCGGCUACCCUACCAAGGAGCUUGAUAUUUCAUUUGCUACGGAGCAUCAUAUCGUAUUUCCCAACAAGUUGGCUGUUGUGUUUGCAACAGACGUUCUCCAGGGACACUCUUGCCAGGCCAAGUUUGGGAUCAUCGAGCCUGAGGCAGUGGGGGAGCACCUUCUCGGGACUGAACAGCUCCCAGACUUGUUCAUCUCCUUCAAUAGUCAGUCCAAUGGGUUCCCUUUGGCCGCCCUCAACAACGCAAUGAUUUAUGAGUCUCAACGUAAAGGCAUUUUAGGUGGAGGAAAACCCCAACUGCGGGAUUACGUUCGAGCUCUGAAAAGCUUCGAGGCCGCUACCUAG